CGAGAGCUGUCCGUGCUCUCCGCGACAUUUGAUAAAUCAAACGAUAUACUUAACAGAUGAGUUGUAACCGUCUUUGUCAGAGUAGAGAGUUCACCACACUAUUGAGAUCGAAAGUGCCCCGCUCAGUCAAGAAGCAAGAUGGAGAUCCACCUGAACAGAGUUGAUUAUAUGCAGGUUGGGGUGACAUCCCAGAAAACGAUGCGCCUGCUGCCAUCUGGGGGGAAAAAGGCAACACAAAAGAUUGCUGUUGCUGAUCAUGAUGGUGUGCUUACAUGUUUUGGAGUGAAGAAGGGAGAAGUAGUGCCUGUGUUCAAAACACUCCCGGGUCAGAAGAUAGCCAGAAUAGACCUUGGAGGUGCGGUGGGAACGCCUCAGGAGAAAAUCUUUGUUUGUUCUGGUUCUGAGGUCCGAGGAUUCACCAAAAAGGGCAAACAGUUCCUCACCUUCGAAGCCAACCUCACUGAGAGCAUCAAUGCAAUGCAUGUCUCAGGCGCAGACCUGUUUGUUUGUGCAAGCUACAUCUACAACCACUACUGUGAUUGCAAAGACCAAGACUACUACCUCUCUGGAGACAAAAUCAAUGACAUAACAUGCUUGUCCACCGAGAACCUGUCUCGUUUCAUACCAGUAUUGGCAUGCCAAGACCGUAUUCUCAGAGUGUUGCAGGGAUCAGAGCUUUCUUAUGAUAUAGAAGUCCCUGGCCCCCCAUCAGUCUUGGAACUGUACAAUAAAGAUGGAGGAGAGGAAGUUCUCUACGGAACUACAGAUGGCAAAAUGGGUUUGGUCUCCAUUGGGGAAUCCUCUGCUGUGUCCAAAUGGGAAAUUGACAAUGACAAAAAGAAAGGAGGUGUUCUUUGCAUUGACACUUACGACAUAAUUGGUGAUGGCGUGAGCGACAUCCUGGUGGGCAGGGAUGAUGGCACAGUGGAGGUCUAUGGUUUCGACAGCUCCAGUGAACCCACAUUACGCUUUGAACACGUGCUCUCUGAGAGUGUGACAUCCAUCCAGGGGGGCUGUGUUGGGAAGGAACUUUAUGAUGAGGUUGUAACUGCCACUUACACAGGGUGGGUGACCGGUCUGACCACUGAGGCCCAGAGGGCUGAGGCAGGCCCUGGGGACGAAGUCAAGAUGAGCAAAGAGACCCAGGCUAAAGUAGCAGCACUCAGGGCGGAGCUGGAGCAGCUACAGGUCAAAGUCCUCCAGGGACGGGAGAAGUACCAGCAGAUCUCCCAGUCCAGCACAGCCGUCUCCACCAUCCCUGUGUUCAGCGUCAAUGACAAGUUCACCCUCUGUCAGGAUGACGCCAGCUACAGCCUCAUGCUGGAGGUUCAGACUGCCAUCGACAACCUGCUGCUUCAGAGCGAUGUUCCUAUAGACCUGCUGGACGUGGAUAAAAACUCUGCCGUUGUCAGUUUCAGCGAAUGCAAUCCAGAGCAGCCUAAUGGGAACUUCCUGCUGGCCACAUACAGAUGUCAGGCUAACACAACUAGGCUGGAGCUGAAGGUGAGGUCCAUAGAGGGCCAGUAUGGCACCCUUCAGGCAUACAUCACCCCCAGACUGCAGCCCAAAACCUGCCAGGUCCGUCAGUACCAGAUAAAACCUCUUUCCCUCCAUCAGCGCACGCACAGCAUCGACCAAGACAGGCCUAUGAACAGGCUGAGUCUAGUCGGUCAGUUCAGUUUUGCAGAGAUCCAUUCCUGGGUGGUGUUCUGUCUUCCAGAGGUUCCAGAGAAAACCCCGGCGGGAGAGAACGUCACUUUUCACUUCCACAACACCUUCCUGGGCACACAGCUGGAAGCCACCUACUGCAAAGGUGAAGGCCACUUCAAGUCGGACAACAUCUCUACUAUCUCCAUUUUGAGCGACGUCCUCUCUAAAGAAGCCACCAAAAGAAAAGUCACUUUGAAUAUUUCUUACGACAUCAGUGAGGAUUCAGUGAGUCAUACUCUGAAGAUGAUCCACCCGAAACUGGAGUACCAGCUGCUGCUCGCUAAAAAGGUUCAGCUUAUCGAUGCAUUGAAAGAACUUCAGGUUCAUGAGGGGAAUGCUGACUUUCUCAUCCCAGAGUAUCGUAAUAUUCUGGAUGAGUCUGCCCAUCUUCUGGAGGAAUACAAGAAGCAGCCAGCACACCUUGAAAGGCUUUAUGGAAUGAUCACGGACCUCUUCAUCGACAAGUUCAAGUUCAAAGGGCAGAACGUAAAAGCCAAGGUUUCCUCACUGUUGGAGAUACUGGAUAACUAUAAUCUGGAUUCUCUGUUGAAUAUUUUCAACCAACCCCAACAAUGAAACAGAUCAGAGGCCAUUAUUUAUUUAUUCUAUAUUUUUAUUGUACUGUAAAUAGAUCAAAUGUGUUUGUACUCAGAGGUUAUUGUGCAGCAUAAAUGCCAUUUUGGCAUGUUACAGCUUCGGAUGUUUUACUUUAAUAAAAGUGUGCUAGACCACCAAUUUAUUUUGAAAACUUUUUUUUUUAUAAUCUUAACAUAGUUGCAGCCAAAAACAAUUGUGGCAAUUAGCAUAUUUGGUACCUCUUUCUAUUCGGGUAUCAGUGGUUGGUAAUUGCUUAGUAAAGCAAUAGAGAAUGCUGAUUAUGACAUUUUUGUAGGAUAUUAGUUAAUGAAUAAGACGUAUUGUUGUACAAGUGCUUGUAUUGGCCAAUGUUUUGGAUUAAAUUUAAUUAUGAGUCAUCUGGAAGUUCUUGAUUUGACUUUGGAUAUUGUGCCCCCUUACAAUAUAUUUAAUAUUGUAAGGGGGCACAUGGCAACCACGUUGUUUGCUCUAAAAUGUUGGGUGUGAUGGUAAUGACACAUGUAUGAGGGACAGCCAUAUUUAACUAUAAAAAAUGUGCAAAGUGCACAUACUAUAUAAAUCAUAUAUUAAAUAUGUCUUUUUAA